CCAAAUGGCUCAAAUUUUAGUGUGUUUGGAUGAAACCUUACGUGUCUAUCAACAAAGGCCUCUUUAUCAUGCAAAUUCAAAAUGAUCAACACGUAACAACCCCUCCAUCUACUUGUCUUAACUCCAUCUAUUAUAUUACUCAUAUCUCUCCUCUCUGCUUUUCCACUCUUCAUCUACAAUCCUUAACAACAAAAAGAAGAAGAAUGCAGACUCAGCCUCGUCAUGAGCAGCAGCUUUCUCGUCAGGUGGCCAAGACCACCACUGCUGUCACUGUUGGUGGUUCACUCAUGGUGCUUUCCGGGUUAACUCUGGCGGCUACCGUUAUCGGUCUAGCUAUAGUUACCCCUUUGCUGGUGAUUUUCAGCCCUGUUUUGGUACCUGCUGUUAUAACUCUUGGGUUGAUCCUUGGUGGGUUUUUGGCUUCUGGUGGUUUUGGAGCUACUGCUUCUUUUGUUUUCUACUGGAUGUACAGAUAUGUCACGGGGAAGCACCCGAUCGGAGCAACCAAGAUCGAUUACGCGAGGGAUAAGAUUGCACAUGCGGCAAAUGAUGUCAAGGAGAAGGCGGAGCAGUUGGGGCACCAAGCACAGCAGCAGAUUAAGGGUUGAAGAGAGAUUCAGUAGCUCUUUUUAUUUUUAAUGCAAGCAUGUACCUUUUAAUCGUUUGUUUGAGAAUGUUGGUUUUUGUGGUAGAUAUCAAUGGUUCUGUAACUUGAUUUACUAAUUAACGAGUCUGUUAUUAAAAUACCCAAAUCCUUGUUAGUUCCUUGCUUCCUUUAAGCUUUUAGUUGA